AAGGUCAAUGUUCCUCUACUAUCCCACUUAGGUAAAUGCAGAUGAGCACUAGUUGGUUUAUGAAAUUUCUAUCCCAAUACCAGCAUGUUUUUAGAGAAAAAAAAGGACAUAUUCACAUAGUGCUAUCUAAACCAGUGAGUGGAACAAUUCUUCAAUCCAGAUAUUAAGAUGAGCACAGAUGGUGUGGAACACUCAAAGGCUCACCAUGAACAAGCAGACAUUGAACAAAGACAUAUUAAAACAGAGAACCUCAACGACUCUCUCCAUGCACACAAAACAUGUCACCCGGCACAAGGAUCCCCAAUACCUGGAGUCCAGGCAAGCCAGCUGUCAGUGGAGCUCCCCUCCCUCCACACCAUGCCGCAGCUGGUGCUUAUGUCAGGCUCUCACCAUCUCUCAUCCCCCUCCUCCUUCCUCCUCUCUCAGACACAACAUACGGGGCAUCAAGCACUUCUGCAGCAGAACCUGCACAACUUUCCCACCCAGAGCCAGUCAGGUCUCAUCCAGCAUCAGCCUGGGUUAGCACUAACACCUCAGGCCAUGAGUCGGUCGGGCCUGACGUCGUCGUCCAUGGAAGGACACGUGGACAUGUCCCACCUGCAGGUCCCCAAACACAUCGGGGCCCCCCAGCAGGACGAUCCCAGCGACCUAGAGGAGCUGGAACAGUUUGCCAAGGCCUUCAAACAGAGACGCAUCAAACUGGGCUUCACCCAGGGUGAUGUAGGCCUGGAUAUGGGGAAACUGUAUGGGAAUGACUUCAGUCAGACUACCAUCUCCCGCUUCGAGGCACUCAACCUGAGCUUCAAAAAUAUGUGCAAGUUGAAGCCGCUACUGGAGAAGUGGCUGAGCGACGCAGAGAAUUCUCCCUCUGACUCUAUGGCCAACGUUGCCUCUCUACCCCCCCUGAUGGAAGGCUAUGGAAGGAAAAGGAAAAAGAGAACAAGCAUUGAAACCAACAUCAAGUUCACCCUGGAGAAACGCUUUCUUGACAACCCCAAGCCUAACUCGGAGGAGAUCACGCUGAUUUCAGAGCAGCUGUCUAUGGAGAAGGAGGUGGUGCGGGUGUGGUUCUGUAACCGUAGACAGAAGGAAAAGAGGAUCUACUGCCCUGUGUCCCCCUCACCCAUGAAAUCACAUAACUUCAACCCCAGAAUGCCUUCAUGUAACACCCUGUUUCAGGCCUCCACGUCCAGAUCAUACAGCCCUCUUGCUUCAGGAGGAGUGUCAUCGAGUCCCUCUCCUAAUAGUCCUAGUCAUGGGCCUUCGCUCGGCACACUCUCGUCUGGCUCCCCUGCUUUGACCUCCCAGGUCAACCAAUCCUUCAGCUCACCAGGGUCGUGGUAUCGCACAUGGAACCCUAUGCCCUAUCACCACUGAGAAAUCCUGCCUGUUGUGGUAUCGCACAUGGAACCCUAUGCCCUAUCACCACUGAGAAAUCCUGCCUGUUGUGGUAUCGCACAUGGAACCCUAUGCCCUAUCACCACUGAGAAAUCCUGCCUGUUGUGGAAGAGAACUAAAACUACCGAUGUCAAUGAAGGGAAACAGAAAUGGAUACAAUCCAUCAAACACACAUAUUGUCAAAUGUCAUAUACAAUACUUGGUCCCGCUUUAAAUUAUGUUCAAAUUAUAGAAGCUUAAUGAUGCCUUCAUAAGCACUACAUAAAUGUGUUGCAAAGUAUCUUUAACUGUAAUCCAUGGUUUAUAAAGGGUUCAUAAAUGUGGCCUAACUAUGUGACAUAAUCACCAAUGUCAGCUGCCAUAACCCGCUAUGUCGAAUGUGAUAUAAACAUGUGCUUUAUAAAAGGGUGACAUGUUGUGCUGAAGCAGGGCAUAAGGCUCUAAAGUGAUGUCAUGUUAGUCACAUUACUCCUAACCUCAAACACUUCUGCCCAAAUGCGCAGAAGGUCUGGUGGACCAACACAUUAAACUUGGCCUUCAUAAAUUGGGGUUAGGUUUAAAAUCACAUUUUUGUUCUGUGAAGGGAGUAGUACACAGCGUUGUACGAGAUCUUCAGUUUCUUGGCAAUUUAUCGUAUGGAAUAGACUUCAUUUCUCAGAACAAGAAUAGACUGACGAGUUUCAGAAGAAAGAUCUAUGUUUCUGGCCAUUUUGAGCCUGUAAUCAAACCCACAAAUGCUGAUGCUCCAGAUACUCAACUAGUCUACAGAAGGCCAGUUUUAUUACUUCUUUAAUCAGAACAACAGUUUUCAGGUGUGCUAACAUAAUUGCAAAAGGGUUUUCUAAUGAUCAAUUAGCCUUUUAAAAUUAUAAACUUGGAUUAGCUAACACAACGUGCCAUUGGAACACAGGAGUGAUGGUUGCUGAUGGGCCUCUUUACGCCUUCCAGCUACAAUAGUCAUUUACAACAUUAACAAAGUCUACACUGUAUUUCUGAUCAAUUUGAUGUUAUUUUAAUGAACCAAAAAUGUUAGAUUUCUUUCAAAAACAAGGACAUUUCUAAAUGACCCCAAACUUUUGAACGGUAGUGUAUGUGCUUACUGUACUACAGAAAAUCUGCUCACCAAAGAACAGUGCAGGGCAUGCUCACUGAAAUAAAGGGCAACUACACACACAAAAAAAAAAAAUGUCUUCGAUUUUUCCUAGACCUCAAAAGUUGUCCCCUGAUGUGGUUUAAACAUUGUUGUGAACACAGAUUUUUUUUCUUUUCGUUUUUCUAUUUGAAAACCUGGGAUAAACCAGAAAAAAAUGGGGGAAAUCCGAAACCUGGAAAAACAAAACUGUAUUCGAGUUAAAGACUGAAGUAGGCAAACAUUUUUAAAUGGCCUUUAUUAAAUAAAGGUUCAAAAAAAUUCAAAUGUAUUUGACCACCGGAAAAUGCAUGUAGCCUAUACAGUUGUAUAUGUUGGAUUCAGUUGAGCUGCCCAUGUACAUUGUUUUGUUUCGUUUAGUAACACUUUACUUGACACCCAGCGUCAUAAUAAGUUAUGACACAGUCAUAACCAUAUCGUAAUAUGUCAUAACACCUGACAUAACAUGGUCUUAACACUGUCAUGACCCAUAUAUUUACACCUGUUGUGGCAUAUAUUGCGUUAUUUUAUGGCUGGUUAUGACACCUAUUCAAAAUGUUUUGUCCCUGCCAAGAAGUUUCCUUUCAUUUGAAAGUUUGUCCUUUGUCCUUUAUUUUUGUUAUGAAUUCUUUACAGUCAUGUUUCCCCCCCAUCUUAUUUUAAAUAACUAUUUUAAAUCAUUUUCUACUAACUUGUAGAAAAUAUACUUUUUGACACGGUCAUAAACCAUUAUAACCACCCUGUGUCACAUGGACUAAGAAAAUACACUUAUGACACUGUCAAGAAACAUUAUGACUAUACUGUGUCACUUUACUUGGACUAAGAAAAUACACUUUAUGACACUACCAAGAAGCAGUAUGACCAUCAUAAUUAUAUAACCAAGAUGGUCCUUCUGUAGCUCAGUUGGUAGAGCAUGGCGCUUGUAACGCCAGGGUAGUGGGUUCGAUUCCCGGGACCACCCAUACGUAGAAUGUAUGCACACAUGACUGUAAGUCGCUUUGGAUAAAAGCGUCUGCUAAAUGGCAUAUAUUAUUAUUAUUAUUAUUAUAUAUAAGAUAGGCCUAUCACAUACAUGCCCUUACAUCUGUCAUCAGUCAAAAAUAGUCUUCUCGUGCUCCUGAAAUCUGUUUCUGUGUUCAUCCCAGUCAUUAGAAACAGAGCAUUGGGGUAGGUGCAUGUUUGACAUCAAUGUGUGCACAGUUACAAUGCUAAUUUAAUAUGGUACAUUUCAGAAAAUGUUAUAUAACACAAACAAGUAGGCUGUGGUGUAAUGGAAUGUUUUGCCUGGUGUGGUAGUUUUUUUGCAGUCUGAUGUCAUGAGAGCUCUAGAGCAAGUUAUCAAGGAUCUCUCUGUACUUUGCUCUUUUCAUCUUUCCCUCGAUAGUGACUAGUCUGAGAGUCCUUUCGGUGCCUUUUGGCAAACUUCAAUCGGGCUGUCAUGUGCCUUUUACUGAGGUAGUUAUGUCAGCUGUUAUGACAUAUCAUGUCAUGGUUAUGAUCAUGUCAUCAUGUGUUAUGACCCUGGGUGUCUAGUAAAGUGUUAUCGUACUGGGUACAGUGAGGUUAAUUUGGAUAUUUUCUUUGUUAUUCAUCAGGGGUUCAGGUGUGACAAUAACUGUGUGAAGGUGUACAUAGUAAAAGACAGCAAUCUUACAUAAUGAUGUUGUCUAUUGUUUGUAUUUGUAUAUAUAAUGUUUGCAAAUAUAUUUAGGUUGUGAAAUUAUUAAAUAUUAUAGAGGGGCCAGAACUUUAGAAAAAUGAAAUGAUUAACAUAAAAAAAAUCAGCACUAGUAUUUUUUAAGGAAUGUUUCAGAAGUACAUCACACUUUAAAAUCGGCAAUGUGUUUCAGUGUGAUCUAUCAAUGGUCCAAUUCAUACAUUGUUACAGUUUAUUACUUUCAUUAAACACACUUUGUUACAUUGUA